CCAUAUCGGCGGAAACCAAGCGCGACAGCCUGCUCUUGUCAUCCCGGCGGCAGUCAAGGCCGACAGAGAGACUCGUCUUCACAAAGAGCAACGACGCCAUGGAUUUGGAUCAGCUCCAGUCCACUAUGAGGACUUUUGAGCUCGCAUGUACUUCGGUUCAGGUUUAUGGUGAUCCAGCAGCCGAGGCUAUCAUUUCAUCCCUGAGUCAUUCUAUUCGGCCAUACCGGGUAUGCCAAUUUAUUCUUGAACAUUCUCAGGUGGCAAUGGCACAGUUUCAGGCUGCUGGAGCUCUCAGAGAUGCAGCAAUACGAGAAUGGGUAUUUCUUGAGGAUGAUGAUAAGAGGCAUUUGAUAAGUUUUUGCCUUUGUUUUGUUUUCAAAUAUGCAAGUUCAUCUGAAGGCUAUGUCAUAUCAAAAGUUGCUUCAGUUGCCGCGCAAUUGAUGAAAAGGGGUUGGCUGGAAUUUGUAGCAGCUGUUAGGGAGGCAUUUUUCUCCGAGGUGAAGCUGGCAAUCAUAGGUAGCCAUGGUCUUGGUGCACAGUUUGCCGGAAUUCAUUUCUUGGAAUCUCUGGUCUCAGAAUUUUCACCCUCCACUUCACCUGCUAUGGGUCUUCCAAGAGAGUAUCACUAUGAGUGCAAGAAAUUGUUGGAGCUAGAAUAUCUGAUGAUGUUCUACUGCUGGGCACAAGAUGCUGCUAUAGGCGUUUCUGGUAGAAUAGUUGAGUCUCAUUCCGCUGUUCCUGAAGUGAAAGUGUGCACAAUGGCUCUGCGCUUCAUGCAUCAAAUUUUGAAUUGGGAUUUUCAAAACAAGUCCAUGAUGGGUAAUGGUGCAAAACAAGUCAUGGAUCUUCCUGUCGAAGUUAAACGUGCCACAAAUACUUCUAGAUUGACAGAGUGUAACUUGGUUCAACUUGGUCCCUCCUGGAGAGCUGUGCUGAUAUCAAGUGGUCAUGUCACAUGGCUGCUAAACCUGUACAAUUCCCUCAGGCAUAAAUUUUCUUGUGAAGGUUAUUGGCUUGAUUGCCCUCUUGCUGUCAGUGCACGUAAACUUAUAGUGCAGUUCUGCUCAUUGUCAGGAUCUCUUUUUCCUUCUGAUGAUGGGCAGACCCAACGACAUCACCUUAUGCAACUGCUUUGUGGAAUCAUUGACUGGGUUGAUCCUCCUGGUGUUGUUUCAAAAGCAAUCAAAGAAGGGAAAAGUGAGAGUGAGCUGCUUGAUGGUUGCCGGGUACUAUUAUCCAUAGCAACUGUUACCUCCCCAAAUGUAUUUGAUCAACUGCUGAGAUCGAUAAGGCCUUACGGUACUCUCAGUCUAUUGUCUGCCCUAAUGUGUGAAGCGAUCACGGAUCAAAUGGAAAAUUGCACAGAAGAGGAGACAUGGAGCUGGGUGGCACGUGAUAUCUUACUAGAUUCCUGGACUACACUUCUCAUGCCAUUGGAUUGUAUAGAUUCCAAGGCACUGCUCCCACCAGAAGGGAUUACUGCAGCAGCCAAUCUUUUCACAUUGAUUGCAGAAUCUGAAUUAAAGGUUGCUUCUGCAACAGCCUUUAAUGACGACAAUGAAUCUAGUUACUUCCAUGCCUCUAUUGCUGCUAUGGAUGAAAGAUUAAGCACUUAUGGCCUUAUUGCUCGAGCUGCUGCUGAUAUUAGUGUUCCCUUACUGAUUAGACUGUUCUCUGAGUGCUGUACGAGGCUUCAUCAGGGUAGAGGCUCUAGUGAUCCGACUCAAACUCUGGAAGAGCUUUACUCCCUGUUAUUGAUAACUGGGCAUGUCUUAGCUGAUGAAGGGGAGGGUGAGACACCAUUGGUGCCAAAGGCUAUACAAACUCAAUUCAGCCACAUUAUGGAGACUGAAAAGCAUCCAGUUGUCAUACUCUCAGGAUCUAUAAUAAAAUUUGCUGAGCAGUGUUUAGAUCCAGAGCUGAGAGCAUCCUUUUUUAGCCCUAGACUUAUGGAGGCCGUUAUAUGGUUCCUCAGAAGAUGGUCUUCAACUUAUUUGAUGCCAUCUGAAGAAUAUAAAGAAGGUAAAAGUUCAAAUGCUUUUGUUGAUGGACGGUUUAAGGAAGUGCAGUCUCAGAAAGCGUUGCUUGAUUUUUGUGGAGAUCACAAUCAGGGCAAGGCUGUGCUUAAUAUCAUUGUUCGCAUCUCGAUCACCUCUCUUAUAUCUUAUCCUGGCGAAAAAAAUUUACAGGCACUUACUUGCUUUGAAUUGCUCCAUGGACUUGUUCGGCGUAAAAGUGUUUGUACACACCUUAUAACCUUGGAUUCAUGGCGUGAUUUGGCAAAUUCAUUUGCUAAUGAAAAAACUCUUUUCUCGUUAUAUGGCUCUUAUCAGCGUUCCCUUGCGCAAACACUGGUUCGUUCAGCUACUGGUAUGAGAGAUUUAGAGAUGUCAUAUCAGUAUGUGAAAUACCUAACAAACCACAUGACUGAUUACCUUGCGGAGCUUUCGGGCAGGAAUGAUUUAAAAGAUGUUGCGCAACAACCAGACAUCAUCUUACUGGUUAGUUGCUUACUAGAGCGGCUUCGUGGAGUUGCCAUUGCAACAGAACCCCGGACACAAAAGGCAAUUUAUGAGAUAGGAUUAUCAGCUAUGAAUCCUGUGCUGAGACUCUUAGAAGUUUACAAAUUUGAGUCUGCAGUUGUAUAUAUGUUGCUUAGGUUUGUUGUUGAUUGGGUGGAUGGACAAAUCAGUUACCUUGAAGCUCGUGAAACUGCAGUUGCUGUUAGCUUCUGUAUGAGUUUAAUUCAGCUGUACUCAUCUCAAAAUAUUGGCAAGAUUUCUCUGAGCCGUUCGAAGAGCAUAUGCUCUGAAGAAGAUACUGAGAGGUACAAGGAUAUACGAGCUUUGCUUCAAUUACUUUCAAGCCUCUGUUCAAAAGAUCUGAUUGAUUUUUCAUCAGAGGCCAUCGAAACUCAGGGUACUAACAUUUCUCAGGUAGUAUACACGGGUCUUCAUAUAGUCACCCCUCUAAUAAGUAUGGAUCUUUUAAAAUACCCGAAACUUUGUCACGAUUACUUCUCAUUGCUAUCACAUAUGCUGGGAGUUUAUCCUGAAAUGGCUGCACAAUUAAAUAAUGAAGCUUUUGCUCAUAUUGUUGGAACCUUGGAUUUUGGUUUACACCAUCAGGAUGUAGAAGCUGUUGAUAUGAGUCUACAAGCAGUGAAUGCACUUGCUUCUUACCACUACAAGGAGAGAGGUGCUGGUAAAAUUGGGUUAGGUUCCCGUGCUUCAGCUUCCACAGACUCUGCUGGAAACCUUCAAGAAGGCAUUCUAAGCAAGUUCCUUCGUUCAUUGUUGCAAUUUCUUCUAUUUGAGGAUUACAGCGAUGACAGUGUCAGCUCAGCUGCGGAUGCUCUUCUUCCAUUAAUCCUCUGCGAACAAGAUCUUUACCAGAGAUUAGGACAUGAAUUGAUUGAGAGGCAGGCAAACCCAACAUUCAAAUUAAGGCUAACAAAUGCAUUCCAGUCUCUCACAAGUUCAAAUGGUAUCUCAUCCACUCUAGAUCGUUUAAAUUACCAGAAGUUCCGAAAAAACCUACGUGCAUUUCUUAUCGAAGUUCGUGGAUUUCUUCGGACAGUAUGAGUCUCAUGGGGUUUUGCAAAGAGUACUUUGUUUGGCUUGGAGCAGCCAAUGUUUUAUAGUGUAAAGUAGGGGACACUCAAUCUACUGCUCAUAAUUUAUGGAAUAGGAGUAAAAUUUUCGUUUGAAUUCAUCUCUUGUGACCUUUGGCAUUUAUUUAUUUAUAAUUAUUCUUUUUACAAAUUAUUGUGACCGUUUGAGCUGGCUGUCUCUUG